AGCAAAGAUCUCUAAGAUCUUUGAUCACAAGUUUGUUUAGAGACUUGCAACCCGGAGCACUAGGAAUCAAAACAAGUUUGUUUCAUGGUCUCUUGCCCAGAGUAGGUGAACCGAGGACCAGAGGACAUGGGUUUAAGCACUCCAUUGAGGAAGGAUGAGGACCCACAAUCCUGUUUAUAUCAAUGGGACGAUGGUGGAGAGAGUCAAAAACUUCAAAUUCCUGGGCGUGCAUUUUUCCGAAGACCUUUCCUGGACCCACACACAGAUGCAAUUACAAGGAAAGCCCAUCUCUACUUCCUGAGAAGAUUACGGAGAUUCAGUACGUCAGAGAGGAUUCUCUUAAACUUCUACAAGUGCACAGUAGAGAGCAUAUUGACUAGUUGCAUCAUUGCCUGGUUCGGCAAUUUGAAUGUCCGGGAGCGGAAAAGACUGCAAAAAGGUGUGACCACUGCCCAGUCCAUCACCGGCUCUGACCUCCCCACCAAUAAAGGCAUUUAUCGGAGUUACUGCCAGCCAACAACAUCAGAGGCCCACAACAUCGUAGCCUCACACUCAUUUCACCACUGCCAUCGGGAAGAAGGUACAGGAACCUGAAAACCGUAAAGUCCUGGUUCAGGAACAGCUUCUUCUUUACAGUCAACAGGCUAUUUUACUUCGGAGUCACGUUAGUGACCACGUGAAGAAGGCCUGUCCAGGCGCACGUGCGUCAUAUCGUCAGACGUAUUGCUCUGCGACUGCGGUAGGAGGUGGAGAGCCCAAGCGGUGAGUGAAAAAAACCUGAAGGUAAGUACUUUUUACUUUCACUUUCAGGCUGCUUUUCUCUGUGGAGACUGCGUGCAGAGAACACAGGCAAGUUUUACUAAAUGGAGAAAGGUGGGAGAAAUAAAGGAAAGCGCACCGCAGUAAGCACUCAAGAAGACAAAAUGUCUGAGAGUAGCGGGCGCCCGACUAAAAAGUCGACGGUAGAAAAACCAGCAACUUCUAAAACGGGAGAAAAAAGCCCCGUUGAAACGCCCACAGGGAGUAAGGCCAAAAAGAAAACUAACAGGCCAGUAGACUCGGACGAGUCUGAACCAGAAGUUAUGUCAGACAGAGUUUCUCAAUUGGAAUUCCUCAUGGGUAAAAUGAUUUAUAAAGGCAAACUCCAGAAGGAGUAUAAAAAACGCGGGCCUAUAGGAGAGCCAGCGUAUGGAACACCCAGGAGAGGUCCUGGGAAACGUUGGCCUAGAAGUGAACCAGCGACCGAAAUGCCUGAUGAUGAUGAUGAAUAUGUAUGUUGGCCUAGCACAGAGCCAGCAACAGAAAUGUCUGAAAGACAAUACAGACGUUGGUCUACAGGAGAGCCAGCGUAUGAAGCAGCAUCCAAAAGAGGGCUGCCAGAAUAUGGUUCUAUGGAAGAGCCUGAGAGACCCAAAAAAGGGUCGACUAAGCGUAGGCCUAUCAGAGAGCCAGCGCAUGAAAUACCUGAUGAAGAAAUGCCAGGUGAACCCCAUUAUGAGGAGGAAUAUCCAGAAGAUUCUGACAAUGAAUCAUAUGAAGACCAGAGCCCAACACAAAAACGCAAAGUACCAGGGCUGGCCCAAAUGUUCUAUAGUCCCAGACACAAGGGACAACCUCUACCAGAGGAUAUAGCAGAAAGUAUAAAUUACCUGCUUUCCCAUCAUUUGGAAGAACCAACGAUGGAUGAGAUUGUGAACAAAUACGAAAUCCCGCAGAAUUGCGCUCUGCUAGUAGUCCCAGCACUAAACGGUGAAACAUGGAGUUAUAUGGGCACCGCAGUACGCGCUCAAGAAAUUAGGUUACAGCGGGUACUAAGAUUAAUGGGGUCAAGCAUUACGGCGUUUGCCAGAGACCUGGAAGACGGAAAUGUGACAACGUCACAAUAGGAUGUUAUGGGAAUGAUGUGUAAUGCACAUUUUGAAAUAAACUGUAUUCUUAAAACUGUGAUAAGACCUAACAUACAUCCUAAGUUUUGUGGGCUCUGUAAACCAUCUAAUAUACAAUUGCCAUACUUACUCUUUGGAGAAGAUCUUGCAAAAAAACCUGAAAUUUUUAAACAAAGAAGUAAAAACGAUGGGUAUGAUAAAACCGCCGAUGUUUGGCAGAACAAUUCGAAGGCAAUAUCCAUACCGAAGGGUGGCUGGAGCUGGUGAAGGAAAUGGUCGCUCGUACCCGUAUACACGCUAUUGGCGCACGACCCCAGGACGUGGAGGACAUGGUAUUCCCACAAGGGGCAAGGUACAAAAAGUGACACCAGCAAACCCUGAGAUAGGUGGUUCUGGUUCUGAUAGAAACAUGUCAGAUGUUUCCUAUUCACAAAUAGGGGGAAGGUUACAAUUCUUCCUAAACGAAUGGCUAAAAAUAACAACUGAUGCAUAUACUGUGCAGUAUAAUGGGGUUUAGAAUUGAAUUCUACCAAAAUGAAAAUCCCCCUGCUCAACAUCUCCGAAGACAAAUACAUUCUUUCUCUAAAGAAGAGAAUAGAAUCAUUCAAGUAGAAAUUGACAUAUUCAGUAAAAAAGGUGUGAUUGAGAAAAGUUUAUCAAAACCACCAAUUUAUAUCUAGUAUUUUUUCUAGACCAAAAAGGGAUGGUGGCUGUAGAAUAAUUUUAGAUCUUACAAGUCUCAACCCUUUUGUACAGUAUAAACAUUUCAAAAUGGAGACAUUUACUAAUGCUUUGCAUUUAAUUUCAACAGAAUGCUAUAUGGCAAGCAUAGAUCUCCAAGAUGCAUAUUACUCUGUGGCCGUGCAUGUUAAAGAUCGUAGAUAUUUGAAAUUUGUCUGGAUGAAUCAAUUGUGGCAAUUCAAAGCAUUGCCUAAUGGCUUAACCUCAGCCCCUAGAUUGUUUACAAAACUGCUAAAACCAAUUUUAGCAUUGUUCAGAGCCCAAGGCCAUUUGAUAAUGGCUUAGUUGGAUGACAUUUUAAUUGUGGGAGACACUGAAGCCACAACGACAGCAUUAGUUAUAAAAGUCAAAUUAACAUUUCAAAUUUGGGGAGCUGCUGAUACCAUCUCAAGCUGUGGAGGUAGAUGCAAUGCGGAGGAAGAACCUUUGCUCAAGACACAUGGCAUUAAUUAUCUUGAAUUACCAAGUGUAUUUCAUGGGCUUAAAGCCCUUUGCUGCAAGGUACAAAAU